GCUCUUGCCUUGAGUCUCUCUCCCUCACCACCCUCCUUCCGCCCCGCGGUUGCUACUGACUGAGAGCCCAGGUGGCUGCUGCGAAAGGGUUACAGCCUCUCGUACUUCGUGACCUGUUGCAGUUUCUUGUGCAGCGACCCCUCGGACCAGCUUGAAGCGGAAAUAUGGCGCUCUCAGCGGGUAUCCCGGUCAAUGGGACCAUGCAUAGGAGAAAGUCGAGCAAGGAUGAAGACGAGGACAAUGUGCUCCGCUUUCCGGCCCCCCAAUCCCCUCCGACCACGGCACCGUUAUCUCAGGGAUUCACGCUCAACGGCCCUACGCCGGACGACAGCAGCGAGCUUGCGCCGCCCCAUGCUCGCUCCCGUGUUACUUCAACGCCGUCCAUGCCCAUGUCGCAAUCUUUCCCCGGGCAGCCAGCAUCCGCUGGCCCAUACCGCACUACUUUCUCGAUACCAAGACAGCCCCUAGCAAACGGCAGUGCAUCUUUGUAUGCGCCCCCAAAUGGACGACAUCAAGCCUCUCCGAUGCGCCAGUCAUUCUCUUUACCCUCCUCUCAUGGGCGUACACGCUCGGUGUCAGGCCCGUUCUCCCCCAUCACCCCCUCCCCGCUCGCAUCAUCCUUCCCCUCUAAUCAGCUCGGUAUACCUCCCUCGCAUAAGCUCCCCUCUUCCUCCACUGCUCCAGAACUGUACCAACCAGGUUCUUCUCCUCCGGAGAAUGGCAUCAAGAUUUCACAACCACCCAUCAAUAACCGGAGACAUUCGCGCCUCCACUCCCGCAACCUUUCCAUCUACUUCCCGCGCCCGGGGUCUCUUCCUUCCACCAGCAUUGCCGAGGAUGGCGCGCAGGAACUUGACUUCGGGGCACCGGCGGCUACGGACGAGGGGAUUCCCAUUCCCAGUGCGUCACCCGGACCUGGGCAGCGUGCGUUCCGCGAAGGCUUCACGUUCGGUGCACGUCCACCCUCGGCUGGGACACACCCUAUGGCAGAGAUGUCGGCGUCGCCCGGCGGGGCGUCGCGGCGCGGGCAUCACCACAAGCACUCCCUCUCGCACAACUUCUUCUCCUUCCUCGAACCUGGCGCGCAGAGCGAUCCGGGAGAACUACACACGCAGCCCACCCCGAUGCCCAUGAGCCCGUGGGCUCCUAUAUCUCCGUUCCCGAGCAGCCCGUCUCUCAAUGCGGAGAAACAGGAGGCCGCGCAUGUCACGAAUGGACUGGCCUCGAAGACGCGCGCGAAGAGCCCCAUAGGUAAGAUCCGCGCGUCGCCGGGCUCUUCGACCUGGCCUGUAUGCGCGGCAGUCGGUCAGUUCGCAUUAGGGGCGUGGUUGUGGAUCACUGGGCAGCAGGUGGGCUCGCUAUCGUGUACGGGGCUGGGGUAUUGGGUGGUGUUCGACGCGAUUGGCGUCGCGCUCGGGCACAUCUUGCCAAACCACCUCGCGCGACCCGAUAUGCGUGCGGAGACGCGUCGACCUUAUGGAAAUGCGCGGAUAGAGACAGUGAUGACGUUUGCCCAGUCAGUCUACCUGAUCUUCACGUCCGUGUAUGUCUGCAAGGAGACGCUCGAGCAUAUCCUGCUCUCGAGCGGUGAGGGGCACCACCAUCAUCACGGGGAUGAAGUGUCUUCUGUGUUUGGGAUCGAGUUCCCUAUUCGCCUAUUAUUUAUCACCUUCGCUUCGCUUUUGACUACUGCUAUCUCAUUCAACAACCACUCCAAGCUUGUCAGCACGGCAGGCAACCACAUCCCCUCCCUAGCAUCCCUGCUCCCGGCUCGUUCCCGAUACCGCGCGUCUACGCUGGCAUACCCUCCUUUGCUGAACAACCUCCUUACCAACCCCUACUCACUUGCACCGGUGCUUUUCGCCUCAUGUGUGCUGUUCACUGCAAUAUCGAUACCUCCACGUCAACACCGACCACUUGAUCUCAUCCUUGCUGGGGUAGAGACGGUGGUGACAUUCAAACUAGCGUACCGCGCUGCGGUCCAACUCGGCGCCGUCCUGCUGCAGACGUCGCCAGCACGGGGUCUCGCGGGCGGGCGAAUGGAGGCCUUCCUCCGCGCCAUGCGCGAGAUCGAACGCGACGAGCGGGUGCUGCACCUCCCCGCGCCGCACAUCUGGCAGCUCACGCCGAGCCUCGCGCUCGCGGACGGGGACGCGGUGUCGCCGUACGCAGCCGCGCCGUCGGCGGCGGACAAGGCGCAGGGCCCCGCGCAGUCGCUCGUGGUCACGCUCGAGCUGCAUGUGCGACACGACCUCGCGGACGCGGAGGUGCUGAGGCUGACGCGGUGGGCGUGGGAGCGGUGCGUGCAUGCGCUGCACUUUGGGACGCGCGGCGGGGAGGGGGGUGAGGGCGAGGCGGAGGUCACUGUCGGGAUCGUGAAAGGCUAGCGCAGUGCGGUGGUGGUCAUUGUAGUGUGUACUGAGCGAGGGGGUGGUUGCAUUGGAUAUAUCUGAGGUUCGGGAACGGUAUAUACAUCCG